UCUAAGCCGUUUCCAUGGGAACGUACAGUGUACACAAAAUUAAAAAUACCACGACUCCUGACAACCUUUAUGAAACCUAUGUUUCUUGUUAAAUUAUUGUAAUCAACAAUUUUUUGUGUCGUUAAGAAUAGGUAUAUGGUUAUUUGAUAUUUAUUGCUUCAUGUUUACUUUGUAAUAUGUGCAAUGGAAAAAGAAAUAGAUCCACAGAUCAUAAAAGAAACUCAAACAUCUCUCGGAAAAUAUGUGAAGAGGCCGCCUUUAAGUGAAAAAUUACUGAAGAAGCCUCCCUUUAGAUUUCUACAUGAUAUUAUUACUAGCGUUUUAAAAACAACUGGAUUUUUCGAAGGUUUAUUUGAAAAGGACGAGUUAACUUCUGAGAAUGUUAAAGAUAGAGAGAGUAAAAUACAGUUUUUAAAUAAAGUCAUUUCAGUUAUACAUUAUACAACAGGAAAACCUAUCAAUAUUAAGCCUUCAAAGAUAGUAGCAGGUCAAGAGGCAGAGAAAACGAAUGAACUCUUACAAUGUUUGGCACAAGCUCUAGACAACAAUUUAUCGUCAGUAGAAGCAGUGAAAAAAUAUAAAGAAAAUGCAUCACAAAAUACUGUGCUUAUAAAAGAAACGAGAUCUAAAGAAUCGAUUCCUAAGAAAAACAGUACAAAAAACUUAAUUUCUAAGAGCAGCGAUAAUUUAUCGAACCUAAAAAACGAAGCAAAAGAAAAAUCUUCAUCUAAAAAAGAAAAAGUUGAGAACCAACCCAAGCAUGAAAAUAUUGCUAAGAAUGAGCCGCAAAACAAAACGAAACAAGCAAAAGGGAAUCCAAAAAAAAUUGUACCGCAAGGUAAAAAAAAAUCUACGGAAUCACAUGUACAAAUAACGGAAAAAGUUAAGACACAAAGAGCUUUACCCGACCCUCAAGAAAUUAAAACCCAAGAAAAAAUUGAACUCAAUGAAGAAACUCAGUGGAAAAUAGACAACAAAACUGAUAAUUCGGAUUCAAACACAAACGAUGAUUUAAAUCAAAGCAGUAAUAUUGAGACACCAGGAGCACAAGACCAAUUGAGCACUUCUUACGCUAUAAAUGAGCAAGAUCUGAAUUCAUCAUCAUCCUCACAAAAUUUAAUGGGCGAAAAUGUUAAUGAAAUCAGCAUAGAUACAAACUCAAAAAAAUUACAUACAAACGAACAUCUAUCGUAUCCAGAUACACCAACUACAGAUAAUAUUAUUAAGGAUUUAAAUGUAAAUAAAGUUUCACAAGAGCCUUUGCUUAUUAACACAAAAUUAAAAAUCGAAAACGAUCAAUCAGAAACAGGAAAUAAUUUCGCUGUAAAGCCAGCUGAAUAUUCUACACCCUCCGUGGUUCAGAGACCAGCUAGUGUAAGACCAUCUUCUUCGAGGCCUGGAGCACCACGACCAAGAGAAAAAUUAGAAACCAUAAUUUCUGAAAACGAGAAUCUAAUUUUAGGGAAAGUUAAUAUUAUUGCAGAACACGUGCAAAACGACGAGGAGGAAGACAACUCUAUCAUAAUCGCGGAGCAACACAAUAGUUCAAUGACCCAAGAUAUAUCCGGAGACUUACAAUCGCUGAAUGACCACGGUCAUUUAGUGCAACAAAUAAUCGAUGCGCAGAGAGAACUAAGCAAGAUUUCGGGAAAAACUGAAAUUGAAUGGGAGUCUGGAAUCCAAAAAGCCAGAGAAACACAACAUCAAGAAAUUGAACAACUAAAAUUCAAUAUUCAGGCUUUAUCGCGUGUGGCCAAUCCUUUGGGAAAAGUACUCGAUCAUUUACAGGAAGACGUGGAAGUGAUGCGACAAGAACUAAACCAAUGGACAAACAUGUACGAAGAAAUCACUAAAGAGACGCACAAGCAAAAAUUGUGUAAUGAAGAGUCUCUUAUACCUCUGCGUACAAAAUUGAAGCAAUUGGACUUAGAAAUCCAAGAAAAACAAGAUAAAGUAAACGACCUCAAAGUGAUAAUACACAAAAACUCGUCGAGAAUUGAAAAAUUGCUUGCUACCGGGAACGUGCAAUAAUUUAUGUAAAUUAAUAUAAAAAACAAGAAUGUU